UUCGAUCUCAGAGUGAAGCGGGCACCAGAUGCCAUCACCUGUCGCGAGGCUCAACACUGGUGUAGAGCGAGAGCGCGCACGCAAGAGCUUGUCCUGUGGCUAAUUCAACAGAUACUGCCGCUGACAGAUUCAACAUACACAAUGUUUUUCAGUGUUUUUUAUUUUUACCUACUCUUCUCGUCUCCUUCGUGGGGUGUUUCACGCCUCCCUGUAUUUUACUGAUACAACUCAGAUCCAGAAUGGGGUCAUUUAACCAAUCCGGGUGGGCGGGGUUCAUCCCAGGGGAUUAUAACUCUUCCUCCACUGGACUGGGAUAUUCAGGAACUCCAGCUGGGAAUUACACCGCCAAUGUGUCCGAUCAAAGCAUGCCGUUCCAAGGGAGCAGCACGAUGGUUACUGCGGUCAUAUCAUUCACUGUGUUUAUCGUUGGACUUACGGGGAACACUCUGGCUAUCUACGUGGUUUUACGCUACGCUAAGAUGAAAACAGUUACAAACAUCUACAUUUUAAACCUCGCCGUGGCCGAUGAACUGUAUAUUUUGGGCCUACCUUUCCUGACGACGCAAAACGUACUCUCCUACUGGCCAUUCGGCUCAUUCCUAUGCCGCGUUGUGAUGACGGCAGACUCGCUAAAUCAAUUCACGAGCAUCUUCUGUUUGACAGUGAUGAGCAUCGAUCGCUAUUUAGCAGUAGUGCAUCCUAUCCGUUCCACUAGGUGGCGCAGGCCACGAGUAGCUAAAGCAGUUAGCGCAGCGGUGUGGGCAUUUUCGUUCGUCGUUGUUCUCCCCGUGGUGAUAUUCUCUGACGUUCAGGACAUGUUUAACUCAUGCAACAUGAGUUGGCCGGAGCCACGAGACGUUUGGUCGACGGUGUUCAUACUCUACACGGCAACGCUCGGAUUCUUCGGCCCCCUGCUGGUCAUCUGCAUGUGUUACCUUCUCAUCGUGGUCAAAGUGAAGUCGUCCGGUGCGCGGGCGGGAUUUACAAAGCGCCGGCGCUCCGAGCGGAAGGUGACCCGCAUGGUGGUGGUGAUCGUGGUGGUGUUCGUCCUCUGCUGGCUGCCGUUCUACAUCAUAAACAUCGUAAACCUGGUCUUCAUACUCCCAGAGAACAGCGUGAUGGUAGGGGUGUACUUUUUCGCAGUCAUCCUGUCGUACGCCAACAGCUGUGCCAAUCCGCUGCUCUACGGGUUCCUGUCCGACAACUUCAAGCAGAGCUUCCGGAAGGUCCUGUGCGUGCGCAAGGCAAAUGGCGUGGAGGAUGGCGAUCCCAGUGUGCCGCGGACAGAGAAAACGACGACCCACGACUCCUUCCUGACACCUCGGAACAAUGACUUCAAUGGACACGUACAGGGCAGCCAGGUGUGGCCUCAGCCUCAAGCCACGCCCCCGAACGCCCCAGUGACUCCGCAUUCCCGCGCAGCAGAGCUCAGUCUCCACCCGGUGCCCGCCGUCUCCACGCCCAGCUCCAGCCGUGACCUGUGACCCCGGCGGGUUGUGAGAGCCCAUCCAAACAAUGCCAGGAUACUUUGUUUUGGGUGGAGGGUGCAGUGUGUGCUGGAAACACCAGGGUCCUCACGGCCAUGGAAAACCUGGAAAUAUCAGGAAAUUUUAAAGGCCUAGAAAAUCAUUGAAAUUUCUAUUUUGAAUUUAUCAGUAUUUCAACAGCUAGAAAUGACUAUUUGUGAGUGCAAAUAGUCUGAGACCACUAAUGAAAAUCAAUUUCACAUUUUUAGAGUUGAAUACAAAUUCUUUAAACAAAAAAUAUAAUAUUAGCAUAGCAACACAUGAUUUAAGAUGUUCCAGAGGAAGCAAUUUAGAGGAAACGUCACAUGAUUAAUGUCACAAAAUUUGCUUAUUUGAUUGGUGACCUAGAAAUAAACGGAGCAGAGUCUGAAAUAUAUCCUUAUUUUACGUAAUAGCAUUUCUUUGUUUAAUAUUUUUCGAAACCCAAACACGUUUCGUUUAUUUUCUGGUUUAAAUUACAUUUUGAAUCCCAGAUUUUCAACAUGGUCUCAGACUUUUGGGCCCCAUUUUUAAACAUAACUUUUAAAAAGGAUGAGAAAACAAGAGGGAUUUAGAAGCGAGACAAGACUUAAGAUACAAGUGAAGGGAUUUAUAGAUGAUGAAUGUUGGUAUAUUGCUUUUCAAACAAAACUUGUUAUCAAUUUCCAGCACCAAACACGCAAUCACCUUUUAAGCUUUCUUAUUUACGAUCAUAUUAAUGAUUAAUGUGAAGAGGAAAAUGAAAACGUACACACACAGAAAAAGUAUUAUAUGUACCUGCCAGAGCUGAUUGCGAAAAACUCAGCGUGUCCCAGCGUCCUUUACAACCACAGACUGAUAUACUGCAUUCGAUUCAAUUUGGAAAAGGGCAAUAGACCUCCAAGACCUCUGACUUAAUACUUGGAAACUCAUGCUGAUAUCUAAAACUUUAUGAUUUUGUGAAAUGUGUGAUGUCACACAAACAUGGUAGCCCUCAGUUAAUGAUCAAAAUGAAUCCAAGGCCCUGUUUACACCUGGUAUUAAGAAGCAUUUCGUUAAUCUGAUCACAAGAGGACGACGCCAAAUACAGGUGUAAACUAGGUCUAAAACGUUUUGAGCUUUUGACCAAGGUGAGCGAGUAGUAGAGAUUCAAACAGCCACAAAAGACCGCCUACUGACCUAACGAGUAAACUUUAUGGGAAGCACGCUAGCCAGACGGGAUGUAAACUUUGUCGGCUGAAGACCAAAGUUUGGUUUGAAGGCGAAAAACAUACCAAGCACAAUGUUCUCUCACCAUUCCUGAUUUCUAACAUGCACUUCUCUUGCGGCUAUCAGAGCAGAAACGAAAGCUGAUGCUUUCCGUAUGUUUUUCUGUGCCCUCCUAGUAACUGUACGUUCAUGUAAAUUGAGCAAAUUUAUUUUGUCCAUUAGAUCGAAAGAUCUGAAAAAAAACAUGUAUUUACCCGCCAAUAGACCCUUCCCUCGAAGAAAAGGUGUAAAUGGGUAUGUGUCUCCCUCGUCUACUUGUGAUCUGAUCGACCAAAAUGCGGCUUAAUACCAGGUGUAAACAGGACCCAAGUACAUGAUGUUAAAACCAGUUUAGCAAACGUCUUCAGUAGGCUUAUUAUCGUUAACUAAAACUAAAACCAUUAAAAAACUAUUUCCUUUAAAUAAAAUAAACACAACUGAAAUAAAAUUACUUUAAAGACCCCCUGUGGUGAAAAUCAAGUUUUUAAUGUUGUUUAUAUGUCUAUGUGGUGUUUUUAAUAUGCUUUAAGACAAACCAUGUGCAAAUUCAUAAGUCAACACCAUUGCUGAGUAUUUUCUCCUUAAAACUGCAGUGAAACAAGACAGUCUCAAACCUGCGGUGUUUCUGAUGUCACAAACUACCUUGUUACCAAUCACGUGUCAGUGGGCUUUAGCAUAUUGUUAACAGCGAACUAGCAAGAGAAGCCAGGUUAUCCCGGUAUAUUUUUCUGUUGAUCUGAAAAAUCAGGUAGAUUUAGCAAUAUGGUGGGUAUAUGAUGAAUAUUACGAGGUUGUGAUGAACUAUAUGCCUUUCUCCACUGACGUUCUGAGUUGUUAAAGCGUUUGGAUGCUGAUUGUUAGAAGGCAGCGGUCUGACUCUGACAUGGUGAAAGGGAACAUAGUUUGUGUAACAUUAGCAACACAUUAUUAGCUGUUUGAUAACAGUCAAGCAAAAGGCUAAUCAUAUUAAUUACCGUUAUGUUGUUAUGAACGAUACCAUUGUGAGCGUUUACCUCAGUAAGUUGACCGAGUGGAUCUCUGAGCUAUCGUGAGCGAGUGGAGGUGGGGCUAAUUUGCAUAUUCAUUGAUCCACGUAUAUUAAACGAGGCGAGGGUGUAGAGUUACAUUCAAGCUAUUUUAAGGCAUGAAGAAUUUUUUCACAGGAAAAAACAUUUAAAUAUGUUUGGUGAUCAAAGGGAUAAAAUGACUGACUACAGGGGGACUUUAAACUUAUUUUGCUCCAGCUAUUUGCCAAGGCAACAUUUCUCAUUUUCGUUAAGUUUGAAGUUGAAGUACUAAAAUAACUAUGUAGACAUAUGUAUAAAAAAACACUAAUGAAUUUGACAAAACAAAAUUACUAAAAGUUUAAAAUUAACAUGCAAACAAAAAAAUCAAAUCAAAUUAAAAAAAUAUUAAGAAAAACAAUAAUACUAUAUUAAUGAUACUAAAAUAACACUGGUUUUCAGAUAGAGAUGUGUGUAAAACACAGUAAAUGAUCCUCUCUGUCGAUAAUCGUAUACCUGCCAAACAAACGCCAGCUUUGGUCAUACAGGUCGAGUUCUUUGUUGACAAUUUAACAUCUGCAAGGCAAACAGUGGCGUUGCCAUGUUGUAUUUUAUACAUCUUCUUCCGGGGGUCAGCAAAUCUACACUAUUACGGUUGGACAUAUCAAGAGAAUAGAUGCAACUCAGCUGUUGACCCAUGACAUACUGGGAGCGCCUCAUCUCUGGGCAGAAACUUCCCUUUCCUCAUCUGGGGAUAUGCAUUGACAGGUAAAAUGAGAUGUGAAAGAUUGCUUCUGGACGUUUUGAUCGUUCACAUGUCCGAGGGGUUUGGGAAUCUGGGGAAACUGGGAUUUUUAAGUACUUUAGGGUGUGGUGUUCAACGGUUGUCGAGUAUAAAAGGGUCAAGAUAGCGUUUCCUGAUCCGUAUUGACGUGUUUAAAUGUCCUGUACUCUCUGCCAAAUGUAGCAAAGUGCCUUUUCUUGUCCCAGAUCAAACUAUCAAGACACACACUGGAAAAUGCGAGACGUUAGUGGAGGCCUUAGAGACACAACCUGGUGAUUUCUGUUGUUUGCUUUCUUUUGUUGUUCAGCUUCUUACCCUCAUUGUUUAUUGGUGGGGAUUAUUUCUGUUCAUUUGCUUCAUUGUUAAAUACUUCUAAUCAUUAAUUUGACUUAUUUUCACUAUGUAAUGAUAUUGUAAAUUUACUGCCAGUGUAAUGGAAACCACGCCAACAAAUAUUAUCAUUGCCUUUCUUAAGUCUUUUCUAUUGAUGUUUGAUGUACAAAUGGUCUUAUUUGCAUUAAAAAAAGGUCUGGGAUAGAAUAAUCCAUCUAGUGUUUGCUGGCACCCUUCCUUACCAUUGGUGGAAGCUUCUAGAAACGGCUUCAAUGCCUUAGUUAAAGAGCUCUUCCUUGUGUGACGGCGGCCGUGUUUGUUAUUUGUUCAGUUUGUCGGCAUGUGUAUUUAGCUGUUCAUAAAAGCUAUAAAGAAUGUGCAUUGCUUUGUUAAUGCUAAAUGUGCCUCUGAUAUAAACUUUGAUGACGCUAAGAAUUCAGCAGGCAUAUUUUAAGCCUUCAUGUCAGCCAGCAAGCUUUACAAUCAAUACCCGCUUCUUUUAUUAAACCCAAAGACUUGUUUGAUUCUAGAGUUGUUGGAACUGUUUAAGGCACAAGUCAGCGCCGUCAAACUGUGAAUGACGCAUUAACAAAUCACUCUGUGCUGAAGAGAUCCUGAGCAAAUGCCGUGUUUUGCAAUGUUGUUGUUACUAUUAUUAUUACUUUUUAAGGAUUACUCACUUUUUAUUAUUCAUCAUGUUUCUGGAUCCUUAUUAGAGACCUGUGACAUUUGUGUGAGAAAAUUUAGAAAUUGUUGUAUCUUAAAAUGCUUCAUUUUCUGGGUAAAUGCAGAAUAACUAUUUCAAUUUGAUUUUAAUUUUUAUUAUUAUCCUAUAUAUAUAACCCCUCUAAAUUGUAAUGGUGAUGAAUAUGAACAUGCAUAUUAUUUUAUAAGUCAAAUCUAUUAAAUAAUUGUAUACAGAUAACUCUUAUCAGUAGUAAGUCAUGGAGACAAACGCAGCACACAAAUGGCACAGUUUCUUGAAAAAGAACCUUGUAAUCAUAUAUUGCACUCUUAAAUGUUAAAACUCAAUAUCAGAAAUCUAUAUUGAUUGCAUAUUGCUGAGAUUAUGAGUGACAGCUGAUGCCAUUACUAUCAUUAUACACGUGAAAUCAGUCACCAGACCUCACUAAGUGAGAAACAUAAUUAUUUAAGUUGUACAUAUACUAUGUUUUUGUGUGAAUAAAAUGUAUUAGUAUGCAUUAGCCAUCUACUCUGGGCUUAUCUUUCAUUCUCUUUGUGUCAGCCUUUUUAAAACCUGAAACUGAGUUAUAUAUUCUGCUGUUUCACAUGUAUUGAGUUUAUCAAAAUGCACUUUUGCCUACCAAUAAAUAGACCAUUUUUCAUCUUGCAAAAAA